GCGCCGGAACGUCGUGCCUGGUCGCGACGCAAAACUCCGGCGUGGGAUGGUGGGAGGCGGAGUUUCGGGACAACAUGUUUCACAACAUCACAGGGCUGAUGCUUUUCCAGCACGGAACCUCGGGGGGCUGCAGUGCCGCGAACGCGCCCACGAC